AUGGUUUCUGUCAAAUCCCUUUACCGCACGCACGACAUUCCAGAGUGCGCCAAGCAGUCCUUGUUGGAACGGGAAUUGUUCCACUCUCCAUCCAACGCAAAACUGAAACAUGAGGUUUUGUCCCGCGAGUUGUUCGUGUCCGAAGUGCAGGAAACACUGGUUUCCAAACAGCCACGCGGCCAAUUCAUGGUCACUCUUCUGUCAGAUUUGAGCACUGUGCUGAACACUUUCUGCCCGAAUGAGGAGAAUAAAUUAUUCUACGUUUUCGCUUACAACUCUGAGAGUAAAAGGUUCAUGCAUGCGCUUGCGGAAAUUCUGAUUGAGGACGCUUUUCAAGCAGUGAUACCCAAUUUUCGAUAUCCCACACCUGCUCAUUACCGGCUUGUGUACUCGCGCAGUAGAUUUCGUUGUCGGAAACGCGGUCACCUGCGGCAUCGUUGCCAUCGAUGGUAUUCAACAUAUUUGGCUUCACGUGACAAACGGGAUGGCCGAAUUUUGGGCUCGAGAAAAUCCGAUGACAACAUUGACCCGCUUGUAGCUACAGAACCCCUCGACCAACUUCCCAACAAGUCACCAAAUCCUCUCUUGGUUUCUACUGCCCAGCCCGCUGAACGUGGCUCCCAUCCCUGUUCAGCCAGUCCAUGCGCGAAAACCAAAUCCACUGACAACGCAAUAGGAACAGAUGACCUCAAAUCACCUCCGAGGUUGGAGAUUUUCGGUUCUACUGCCAGUGUGGCUGGUUCUUCGAACGGCGGCUAA